AUGCGGGCGUCGCUGCUGCUGUCGGUGCUGCGGCCCGCAGGGCCAGUGGCCGUCGGCAUCUCCCUGGGCUUCACUCUGAGCCUGCUCAGUGUCACCUGGGUGGAGGAGCCCUGUGGCCCAGGGCCGCCCCAACCUGGAGAUUCUGAGCUGCCGCUGCGCGGCAACACCAACGCGGCGCGCCGGCCUAACUCUGUGCAACCUGGCGCGGAGCGCGAGAGGCCCGGGGCCGGGGAGAACUGGGAGCCGCGGGUCUUGCCCUACCACCCCGCACAGCCCGGCCAGGCUGCCAAAAAGGCCGUCAGGACCCGCUACAUCAGCACGGAGUUGGGCAUCAGGCAGCGACUGCUUGUGGCGGUGCUGACCUCCCAGGCCACAUUGCCCACACUGGGUGUGGCCGUGAACCGCACACUGGGGCACCGGCUAGAGCGUGUGAUAUUCUUGACUGGUGCUCGGGGCCGCCGGACUCCACCAGGCAUGGCUGUGGUCACACUGGGUGAGGAGCGGCCCAUCGGACACCUACACUUGGCACUGCGCCACCUGCUGGACCAGCAUGGAGACGAUUUUGACUGGUUCUUUCUAGUACCAGAGGACACCUACACUGAGGCGCAUGGACUGGUGCGCCUUGUUGGCCGCCUCAGCCUGGCCACCUCUGCCCACCUCUAUCUGGGCCGGCCCCAGGACUUCAUCGGUGGAGAGCCCACCCCAGGCCGCUAUUGCCAUGGUGGCUUUGGGGUGUUGUUGUCUCGCACGCUGCUACAGCAGCUACGCCCCCACCUGGAAGGCUGUCGCAACGAUAUUGUCAGUGCGCACCCCGACGAGUGGCUGGGACGCUGCAUCCUCGAUGCCACCGGCGUGGGCUGCACUGGAGACCACGAGGGGGUGCACUAUAGCUAUCUAGAGCUGAGCCUUGGAGAGCCUGUGCAGGAGGGGGACCCUCGCUUCCGCAGCACCCUGACAGCUCACCCGGUGCGUGACCCUGUGCACAUGUACCAGCUGCACAAGGCUUUUGCUCGAGCGGAGCUGGAGCGCACGUACCAGGAGAUCCAGGAGUUGCAGUGGGAGAUCCAGAACACCAGCCGCCUGGCAGCCGAUGGUGAUCGGGCAGCUGCCUGGCCCGUGGGCAUCCCAGCCCCCUCCCGCCCAGCCUCCCGCUUUGAGGUGCUGCGCUGGGAAUACUUCACAGAACAGCAUGCUUUCUCCUGUGCCGAUGGCUCACCCCGCUGCCCAUUGCGGGGGGCUGACCGAGCUGAUGUGGCCGAUGUUCUGGGGGCAGCCCUGGAGGAACUCAACCGCCGCUACCAUCCUGCCCUUCGGCUCCAGAAGCAGCAGCUGGUUAAUGGCUACCGACGUUUUGAUCCUGCUCGAGGGAUGGAGUACACACUAGACCUGCAGCUGGAGGCGCUGACCCCCCAGGGUGGCCGCUGGCCCCUCACCCACCGGGUGCAGCUGCUCCGGCCGCUGAGCCGGGUGGAGAUCCUGCCUGUACCCUAUGUCACCGAGGCUUCCCGUCUCACUGUGCUGCUGCCUCUAGCUGCGGCCGAGCGGGACCUGGCACCCGGCUUCCUGGAGGCCUUCGCUACUGCAGCACUGGAGCCUGGUGAUGCGGCGGCCGCCCUGACUCUGCUGCUGCUGUAUGAGCCCCGCCAGGCACAGCGGGCGGCCCACGCAGAUAUCUUCGCACCUGUCAAAGCCCACGUGGCAGAGCUGGAGCGGCGGUUCCCUGGUGCCCGGGUGCCCUGGCUCAGCGUGCAGACGGCAGCCCCUUCACCCCUGCGUCUCAUGGACUUGCUCUCCAAGAAGCACCCUCUGGACACGCUGUUCCUGCUGGCCGGGCCAGACACGGUACUCACGCCUGAUUUCCUGAACCGCUGCCGUAUGCACGCCAUCUCGGGCUGGCAGGCCUUCUUUCCCAUGCACUUCCAGGCCUUCCACCCGGCCGUGGCCCCGCCGCAGGGCCCUGGGCCACCAGAGCUCGGUCGUGACACAGGCCGCUUUGAUGGCCAGGCGGCCAGUGAGGCCUGCUUCUACAACUCCGACUACGUGGCAGCGCGAGGGCGGCUGGCAGCGGCCCCAGAGCAGGAGGAGGAGCUUCUGGAGAGCCUGGACGUGUAUGAGCUGUUUCUGCGCUUCUCAGGCCUGCAUGCGCUUCGAGCAGUAGAGCCCGCGCUGCUGCAGCGCUAUCGGGCACAGGCAUGCAACGCGAGGCUCAGUGAGGACCUGUACCAGCGCUGCCGCCAGAGCAUGCUCGAAGGCCUUGGCUCCCGCACCCAGCUCGCUCUGCUGCUCUUUGAGCAGGAGCAGAGCAACAGCACCUGACCCCAC